AUGUUUGUGCAAGCCAAUGAUGGGCCAAUGUUUUUGUGCCACGAAGAAGGAGAAUUUUUCUACACGGAACCGAUAGAUAUUUCAGAGCCGAUUGUAAAUUUUAAUGUAGUGAUCAACCUGCUAGACAAUGAUGAUGUUAUUUGGCUUGGAUUCUUUGCUCCUCAGGGGAAUGAUGGUGUUACCAUUAAUUGUAAGGUUUCAGACAUGACUGUGGGUAUCUUUACCCCAGGGAUUACUCCUGCACCUACAACUACAGAUUUGGAAGUAGCGACGAUAGAUGCUGAGAAAGAAGAUGGCGAGUUACACGGGGAUAUAGAGGGUGUUUAUAUAGGAAUAGGAGUGGGUGUUGGUUUAUUGGUAAUCUGUAUCCUGGUGGUAUUGGUGCUCAUUUUCAGGAGAAGGCUAGUAUUGCUUUUGUUUAAAUCCAUUCUAUGUCGCUACUUUAAGUCAUUAGAUGGAUGGGCCACAGAAUUGUCCCAGAGAGGAGGGAGGUCAAAGACAAAAUCAAAGGGAUCGAUUCUUAAAUAUUCAGAAGUAGAAGCUGAUGACCAUGUAGAAGGGAACCAUUACACUUCUGACAAUGACCAGACGGGAAGCAGAAGCAACGAAAUCAGUUAUCAAAAUAUUGCAUCAAAAUUUAACAAAUCCGAUCAUGUCGGCCAGGAAAGUCUACUGAAGGCCAACAGAGCCAUUACACCUGAAGGGGCUAAAUUCCGACCAACUAGCCAGGCAGACUCUGUUGCUUACACUUAUGUGGACCAAGAAUUUUUCCAAAAUAAAUUUCAAGACCCAAGUAAAGUCACCGUUGUGGAAUUAAAAACUCGUGGUUCCCCUAAGGAAGAGUAUGCGGAGCCAGAUUUGAAAAGCAAGGGAGAUAAAUCCAAUUUACAAACUGACGACACUGCCGUUGAAGAUGAAUAUAAUCAUCUUAGUGCUUUGAUUUCAAAACCAAAAUUAGUUAAAUCAGAUACAACACUCAAAGACUAUGAUCACAUCGAUUGUACAGGGAAAGUUGCAGUUUCUUUAACUGAUGAAGACACAUAUAACCAUAUCAACUAACAGAACAAAACGUCAUGGUAUUCUACUGUUGAGUAAACCAACAAUUGUGUUCCAUUCUUUUUGGCAAAUCAUAUUUUAGUCUCAGAAACGGGAUUUUUUAGCUUAGCCCAUAAUAGUGUUCACAGCUCAUUGUCAAAAUUUGAUGAGCCUUCAAAUCCACGUGUGUCCAAAAUUAUACCAGUUUGAAUGUUAAAAUGACGACUCGUUAUUUUAGGAUACUCUGUGAUAUAUAGAGAAGAAAUUCAUAGUUUGACGUACUUUUGAAGACUAUUUACAUAAAUUCAAGACUCAAAUCAACCUCUGAAAAUGGCUCACAUGUUCUUGUAAAGGCUUGUAAAGAGGUUUUAUAAAAAAUUUAUGAGUAUUGGGUACAUCGAUAACAUCAAUUUGUACCAUUUCAAUAU